UUGGAAUCAUCAUUAAUCCGUGAUAUAUACAACUAUUGCUGCGAUAAAUCGACAAUCUAUUCCCGCAAUUAUUUGUUUUUAUAAAGUCACCACUGUGUGUUUAAAAGCAAUUCAAAAUUGUUGUAUGACACAUGGAUGUCGUGAUAUCCCCGUAAAGCAACAUAGAUCCGUUCAAUAAGCGACCAAGAUGGGUGCUUACAAGUACAUGCAAGAAGUAUGGAAGAAGAAACAGUCUGAUGCUAUGCGGUUUCUCCUCCGUGUGAGAUGUUGGCAAUAUCGACAGCUAACUGCUAUUCAUCGUGCACCAAGGCCUACUCGUCCUGAUAAAGCAAGACGUUUGGGAUACAGAGCUAAGCAAGGUUAUGUAAUUUACCGCAUUCGUCUCAGGCGUGGUGGCCGCAAGCGACCUGUACCAAAGGGAGCUACCUAUGGUAAGCCAACUAACCAGGGUGUGAACCAACUAAAAUGGCAAAGAAGUUUACAAUCACUAGCUGAGGAAAGAGCUGGCCGUAGAUGUGGUGGAUUGCGUGUACUAAACAGCUACUGGGUUGGUCAGGAUUCCACCUACAAGUUCUUUGAAGUAAUCAUGGUAGACCCAUUCCAUAAAGCUAUUCGUCGUAAUCCAGACACACAAUGGAUCUGUAAUCCAGUUCAUAAACACCGCGAAUUGCGUGGACUCACUUCAGCAGGCAAGAAAAAUCGUGGUAUUGGUAAAGGUCAUUUGCAUACUCAGACGAUAGGUGGUUCUCGCCGUGCCGCAUGGAAACGUCGCAACACACAACAGAUGCAUAGAUAUCGUUAACCUGUCUGACACAUUUUUUUCUUUUAUGUUGUGGCUCCUUAUACUUCACUGUAAACAGAGUCAAUAAAAAUAAAAUAAAAAGUCGUAACAGUA